AUGGAUGGCCAUUCGGGGCAACCUACCCGAGGACGAUGCCUCAAAAGCUACGGAAUCGUUCUCCUUUUGUGCACGGAUCUGUUUUUGCAAUGUGUCAACGGAUACCUGAGUUCCCCACACGUCGGCCAGGAUCCUCCGUACACAAGAGAUGCUCAACACGGACCGGUUAUCACCAGCCCAGUGGCGCCUGCUGCUCCUUCGGUUUCUCCCACCGACGAAGAAAGCUACACCGCAAAAUGUCCUAGUGGGGGGCUCUGCAGUCGCUUGCCCGCCGAUUGUAUACAAUGCAAUUAUCAGCACAAUUGCACCUAUGGGAAACCAGCUUUCUUCUCCUGUAAAGCCAAAAAGGGCGUUCACUGUGUUGGAGAAUCGGGCCAGCAGCAAAGCAACUUCUCUAUUUCUAUGACGUGUCAGUUUUGUUGGCAACUGGAGCCAUCGCAGUAUCGCUGCUCCAACUCAACCAACUGCAUGACUGUGGCUUGCCCUCGGCAGCGCUACAACGCUACUUGCGACGUUUUGGAACACGUACACUGUUUAGGUAAAAGGCGUUUUCUGAAGCGUUUGUAUUGUAACUGGACCGGAGGAUACAAGUGGUCCACGGCCUUGGCGCUCAGCAUCACGCUGGGCGGUUUCGGGGCCGACCGCUUUUACCUGGGCCAGUGGAGAGAAGGUCUGGGAAAGCUGUUCAGUUUCGGAGGCCUGGGCAUUUGGACUUUAAUAGAUGUCCUUCUCAUCGCCGUGGGUUACGUGGGCCCGGCGGACGGUUCUCUCUACAUUUAA